AUGAUUAACGGUAAUAUUGAAAGUAUCAAAAUUAGAGACUUUUAUGCCAACAAAUCAAUAUUAAUUACUGGAGCGUCUGGUUUCAUAGGAAAAAUAAUACUAUUGAAAAUAUUGACCGCCUGUCCUGAUGUCCAACACAUAUAUGUAUUGAUGCGAUCCAAGUAUGACAUGUCAAGUAAUAAACGACUGUCUAGUAUGCUGUCAUCAGUACCGUUCACUUAUGUACUCAAUGAUGACAAUCCCGUUAAAAAUAAGGUGACACCAGUUGAAGGCGACAUUACUAGUGAAGGACUUGGUUUCUCGGACUCGGAUCUACAGUCCAUUUGCGAUAACGUUAACGUUGUGUUUCAUUGUGCAGCCAGUGUUAAGUUUGACGCACCGCUUAAAGAAAGUCUUGAUUACAAUGUAUUUGCAACCAAACAGGUCAUCAAUUUGUGUAAACAAAUCAAACAGUUGUCGUGUUUUAUACACUGUUCCACAGCUUAUAGCCAUUGCCAGCGCCGGGAGAUCGACGAACAGUUCUAUAAAGUGUCAGCCGAUGCUCAUGAGUUAAUGCAAAUGUCAAGAUGGUUACCAUCGGCGUCAUUGGAUCAGUUAUCUCACCAUCUGAUGGAAGGCCGUCCAAACACAUAUACCUAUACAAAAGCAUUGGCCGAACAAUUAGUGGCACAGGAAUGUCAGGACUUGCCCUGUGCUGUCGUCCGACCGGCUAUUGUGGUCAACUCGGACACAGAGCCCCGACCCGGUUGGAUAGACAAUGUAAAUGGACCGUCGGGUAUAAGUAUAUUGGGAGCACUGGGCAUAUUGAGAGCCGUCAAUUGGAACUACUAUGCAAAGACCGAUUUUGUGCCGGUAGACAAAGUUGCCAACGCUAUGAUAGCCGUCGGCGCUGCUGUUGGCCAACAGAAUCGUGAAACCAAUUUAAAAAUCUAUAACAUAACAUCAAGCAACAUUCAUCCGAUAACUUGGGGCCAGAUUUUUGAAUCUGGCUAUAAAGGAGCUCAAGAGGCACCCUCUAUACGUGCUGUUAGACCGGUUAUCAAACCGCCAAAGCAAACGGGUCCGCAUCCUAUACUAAAUCCAUUGAAAGUGUUUUUCUCUCACUGGAUGUUUGCCUAUUUUCUCGACCUAAUAAUCAUGUUAUGCGGACACAGGAGAAUUAUGGUCCGCGUGACGGGUAAAAUGCAUUACGCGCUGCACGUUAUGAAUUACUUUACACAACACGAGUGGAUGUUUCGGUCACAAAAUUUGCUACAACUGUACCAAUGUCUGGACACGGAUGAGAAACAACUGUUCAACUUUGACAUGACAUCCAUCAAUUGGGAUACAUUUGCCCGUAACUCGCAUUUUGGUAAUCGGCGUCAUCUGUUGAAAGAGUCGGACGACUCCAUUGGUAAGGCCCGGCAACGUAUGCAACGCAUAGAAAUAGCCUACUGGCUGUUCAAGAUGUUGCUAAUCGCGUCGGUAGCCUAUCUAAUGUCGGCACUAACAUUGUAUCUAUUUGUUGGUCGACACCUGUUAGACGGCGAGUGCCGCAUAUAUAACAACUACUAUACUGUUUACUCGACUGGGCUGUUAGUGUGCGGCAUAUAUAUGUUUUGCAAUAGAAAUUGAUUGAUUGAGUGAUUAAAUAAUUUAACUUCAAUUAAUAAUAUUGUUUUUUUUAAUUUUUUUAUGGUGACAAUUGCAUAUUUUCUUUUUAUAAUAUUUUAUACAAAAACAUUU